AUGAAUUUAGAGAUUUUAUCCCCUGUUUCCACUCGAAACAAAAAAGCCGCAACCAUUCAACGGAUGGACGUGGAUGAAGAGAAUAUACAUGUUGUUAAUCCCGGUGAAAUCGUCACCACUGAUCAGAAAUUCAUGAGGGGUCAUGGUACAUAUACAGACGGUGAAAGCACAGUUUAUGCAUCCGUAGCGGGUACUGUUGAUCGAGUCAAUCAGUUAUUAUCUGUCAAACCGUUAAAGGCACGUUAUACGCCAGAGAUUGGUGACAUUGUUGUAGGACGUAUUACCGAGGUUUCAUUAAAGCGCUGGAAGGUGGAUGUGAAUAGUCGCCAAGAUGCUAAUUUAUUGUUGAGUUCAGUCAGUUUACCAGGUGGUGUCCAAAGACGUAAAAAUGAAGCAGACGAACUUCAAAUGCGACAAUUCUUUUCAGAGGGAGAUAUGUUAGUGGCUGAAGUUCAAGCGUUUUAUAAUGAUGGCACAAUGGGUCUUCAUACACGUGGCUUCAAAUUCUGUAAAUUGAGGAACGGUUCUUUAGUCAGUGUUCCUGCAGUACUUGUGCAGCGUUGUAAAUCACAGUUCCAUUCCCUUCCUUGUGGUGUGGAUGUGAUAUUGGGUCUCAAUGGUUAUAUCUGGGUGCACAAGAAGUUUGAAGGUAUGCAAACAGAAGACGCCGAUUUGACCGUAUCCUACUCGAAUGAAAAUGAUAAAAUUACAGAGGAUGAACGACAGGAAAUUGCUCGCGUUUGCAAUUGUAUUUCAGCCCUAGCAAAGCAAUACAUGCAUAUCAAUGAUACGAUCAUCGUCUAUACAUAUGAAGCUUCUUUGGAAUAUACCGUGAAGGAUUUACUCAAAUUGGACGUGAUAGCGAGUAUCACAACUGCAGCCAGCAUGAGAAUGCGUGCCAAUUAA